UGCUUCGUUAACCAAUCAGAAUGCGAGAUUUUAUUCAAUUAUGCGAUUCUAGACAAAAGAAUGACCUUGAUUUCGAAAAUGCGCCUAGAGUUCGUUUUUUUAAACACAGCUCAAAUAACAGGGUCUUUUUCGUCUUGUUCUUUUUAGUUGAAACGACAACAAUUUUCAGGCCGUACCUAACGGUAAAUUCGUUCAAGGGUGAAGUAAAUGCGUUUACUUUUUUACUAAUAACAGUUUUAAUAACAGUUUUAUGAUACCAUUAAUUUUUCCCUUGAGGUAUGUCCUAAGAUUAAAAUUGGAUAAGAUACCUGGUGAUAGGUUUGGCAUUGAGAAAUAAACUAAUUGUUGGAAUUGAUGACUUUUUUUUAAUUAGUGCUUCUGAAAGUUGAUCCUAUUAAAGUGGAAAAUACAUAUGUACGAAUGGAAUACAUUUACUGUUUAAAGUAUGAUUAACAUAAAUUUUAAAAAAAUUGGAUUUUAAUGCUUUAAGGCACUCGGUUGCUUGAAAACUACCACUUGACUACCUAUAUUUGAAGAAAAGGCUAUGAGAGAUUAUUUCGUUUAUACCAAAACCCUAUGUGCGUCAUGGAUCGAAAGUAAAUUGAAGACGUUUUUUUCUUAACCAAAAAUGAAUAUUUAAAUCAGAGUCAAUGAUGGACCAAUAUUUGUCACACUCCAAAUGGUUAUCAGACCGGUUAAAAACUUAGUUAUAGCUGUCAGAAUAGGUCACUUAAUUUUUAAUCACCUCAUAGAGAAAAUUCGGCAAAUUUUUAGUACUUUAGUGGCCAUAGUGAUACUUCAGAUAACUUGACAUGCAUUUGGCAGAUGUCCAGCGCUGUGUGAUUUGUACAGAAGGACUGAUCGACUGCCCUGAAUCAUCUAAUUUAAAUUAUCCAGCACAGAAUUAAAAAGAACCCCAUCGUUUGUUUGGGUAAGCGGUGAUAAAUCGAGCCCAACGGGUAGGUAUGAUAACACCGAAAGUCAGAUCGAGAUUUUGAAAUGAAGUAUUUUUCUGGUAAAGAAAAUGAACUGAAGGGACUUUUCCAGUGUUAAGAUGAUGAAAGUCUUGUGCGCAAUCUCCAUAUACUUGAUUUUUUUCGUUCCAGGCCGUGAAACCAAGCAGGGGAAAUAUAAGGAAGGAAAGUGGGGAGAGUGGGGAACUUGUUCACCCAUGUGCGGAAUGGGUCAGAGAUCACGUGAACGAUGUACACAGAAACACAAACAUGAUAAUGAAUGUGCAGCGCAUGGCAAGACAACACAGACUGAACAAUGUAGCUCAGUUGCGUGCUCUUUGACGUCUUCAAAUGUUCAAGCUUGGUCUUCACGCGAGAAUAAGGCCUCAAUUUCCCUUGGAACAGCUUCAUCAGAAGUUAUGACGUCACGCUAUGAUGUGAUGACGCCAUAUAUAGCAGUGACCUCCAGACCUCUUGCCGUCACGUCCUCAGAGCUUAGGAUGAUCUCAGCCUCCGUGCCUGGAGUGAUUAUGUUGUCAACCCAUCAGGUGUUGUGGACAUCUUCCGCUUCUCUGACGCUUCUAAGACCCAGUGUUACCGAGACUACGCCCAGGAAUAAAGUACUAAGUAAAACCGAACCGCCACCAACUUCCUCAUUGCGUUCACUCUCAAUUUCUCCAUCAUUGGCCGUGAUGUUGUCAUCAUCUAGUAUGAUGUCACCGUUAAUGAUGUUUCCCUCAACUAUACUUGAGUCACCUGCUUUAGUAAUGGCGUCAAGUCCUGUAUCAAAGACUGCUGACCCUACGUCUCCAAACAAAGCUAACCAAGGCCCAAUGGAAUCUCUAUCCAGUCGUCACGCUUACUUCAAAACUGGAAGGAAAGACGGGGUCUUACUCAAUCAUCGGAUCAAGAGAAUGUGGACGCUAAGCGUGAUCACGUGCGCCAUGCUGUGUAUAAGGCAUCAGAGCUGUCAAUCAUUCAACUUUAAGUGCUCGGAACAGGAUUCAAACCAGUUAAAGGAUGUUAAUACUGAACAGCAUCCUAACUGCCAGCUAAACUCGGCAAAGCACUCCACGCAUCCGAGGGACUUCUUUUCAAAGAAAGGAUAUUGUUACUUUUAUCUAUGAAAACGACGAGGGUUCGCAUGCGCUGCUGUUACCGUUCCAGAAUAAGCGUCAUGAUGGUGUCACAAUAUUGAGCCAGAUAUCGCCAUACUAACACGUCGCCCAAUUCAACGUAAUGUGCGAACACUUCAUUUUGUUACUCCCCUCCACUUUCGAUGAUUUGCCACUAUUGUGUUCCUCCGCAAGAGAGAAACGCGUCCGUAAAAAAUUGAAUUUUUCUUUCAUUACUUAAUGCAAUGAUAAACAAUGAUUAAAGGUAAAAGAGUUUUAAAAGUUAGCUUUUAAAAAAAGGAAGUUUCUAAAAAGUACUGCCAAGGAAUUUAGCGCAAGUUAGAUUUUGACUUGAGUCAAGCAAACCAGUUUUGCGUCGCUGUAGCUGCCGUUUGAAAUGUUUACUGGAACGAUUGAAUCUCUUUUGCUGCUGUUUCUUGCCAAAGUUUUACGUUAUUAGUAAUGCGCAUGCUCUUCUAUAUUUGUAAUUUUACGCCUACUUCAAACGUAGGGCCAAACUUGUGCGGAAGUUCACGCAAGUGGGUUACAAAUAAAUAAUAAUA